GAUAAAGAACAUAGCACAAAGAAGAAACCAAUUUUCAAGAAAAGGAAUUCACUUUCUACAAAAACACAAAAAUCUGAGAUUGAGGAUUGUAUGGGAACAUCAACAGAUGGAGAUAGUAAUAUUGAUAAAGUAAAUAAUGAUAAAGAUAAUGCUGAUGAUUUUAAAGAAGAGAGUAAUGGUGGAAGAAGGACUAAGCCUACAACAAGAGGAAAGGUAGAUAUGUCAGUGGUAGAUAAAGUUCAACAGGGUAGAAAGAAGUCAGAUGAUGUUCUACAAGAAGCAAAAGAUAAGAAGAAUGUUGGGGAGGAAUUAUUAGAUGGGGAAUCGGCUUCAGGUAAUGAUGUGAAUUCGGACGAGGAGUUUCUCAAUACACGAAGACGUGGUGGAAGAAAACGUAAAUCAACAAGUAAGUUUCAAGAGUGGUCAAAGCGGUCAAGAAAAGGUGUCACAUAUGAAGAUAAUGAAAACAUUGAUGAAAAAGAAAAUAAGGCCAAAAACCAGUGUUUGUCAUGUGUAAAAUGUGGUAAACAGUUGUUACCACUAGGCCAGCAUGAGAAGCAGAAAAAACAUCCAGAAUUCCUGUCUUGUGUUUUCAAGAAGAACACAGAGUUGAUAUACUUUCCCAACUUGAAGACCAAGGAUUGCCAAUUAGAAACAGUUGAAUCUGAAACAAAUAACAAAGGUUUAUUGUUGAACAGUGUAUAUGACGAGACAUUAGGAUGUUGUAUACAGUACUUGCAAUGUAGACAAUGUAAGAAUGAUACAGUGAUUGGAGCUAGAGUUCUGCUGGCAGAUUCUACCUCACUGUAUACAGCUGGACAGAAAGUUCCACAUGGCGUCUUGUGUUUCUUGCCGUCCUACAAUUUACUUGAGAAAUUUAAUGAAAGGCGAAGGUUUACGGGAUUAUGGAAUAAAUUGUCAAGUCGUAAACGUGUAAUGGCAGAAUCUAGAGCAGCUGAUAGGGAAGAUUUUGAUGGAAUGAUGAAAGCAUUCUAUGAGGUUGUCAAGGGAGAUCUAUAUAACCCUUAUCCAAAAGUAAUUUGUUCCUGA